CUGGAGGAGGCUUUUACACAGAGGAGUAAUAUUCAUACUGAGAGAGGAGGAUAGAGAAAUGGCUGAUGGGAUAUCUAGCUUUUGGGGUCCUGUGACCUCUACUAUAGAGUGUUGUGAGAAGAACUACGCCUACUCAUCCUACAUUGCAGAGUUCUACAACACCAUCUCCGGUCUCCCUGGAAUCCUACUCGCUCUCAUUGGUCUCGUCAAUGCCUUAAGGCAACGCUUUGAGAAGAGGUUCAGCAUCCUUCACAUCUCCAACAUGAUCCUUGCUAUCGGCAGCAUGCUCUACCAUGCCACCUUGCAGCACGUGCAACAACAGAGCGAUGAGACCCCAAUGGUGUGGGAGAUACUUCUCUACAUGUACAUCCUCUACUCACCAGACUGGCAUUACAGAAGCACCAUGCCCACUUUCCUCUUCCUCUACGGUGCCGCCUUUGCUGCAGUCCACGCUUACCUCAGGUUUGGCAUCGCUUUCAAGGUCCACUACGUGAUCCUCUGCCUUCUCUGCAUCCCUCGGAUGUACAAGUACUACAUUCACACCGAGGACGCCGCGGCUAAAAGGAUUGCCAAAUGGUACGUUGCCACGAUCCUUGUGGGGAGCGUGUGCUGGUUCUGCGACCGUGUGUUCUGCAAGAGGAUAUCUCAGUGGCCUGUGAACCCUCAGGGACAUGCUCUGUGGCAUGUCUGCAUGGGUUUCAACUCUUACUUCGCCAACACGUUCUUGAUGUUCUGUCGAGCUCAGCAACGUGGUUGGAAUCCGAAGGUUAAGUACUUUCUGGGAGUUCUUCCUUAUGUCAAGAUCGAGAAGCCGAAAGCACAAUGAGAAAGAUUUGGGGGUAAAAAGAGCCCAGAAGAAGAAGAUCAUAAAUAUAGUUUUUGUUCAUCGGAUUUAUCAGAAAGUUCGACUUUUUUAAUUAUAUAUUAUUUUGGAAGUGAAACUCUCUAGAUACAGAGUCUAGAUUCUUUGUUUCUUGUAUUAGUUUCUAUUGGGGAUGAUGAUAUGAUCUUAAGAAGAAUUGAUUUUUUUAACUUGCUGAAA